UGUCGGUUAUUGAUUUUCACAGCCUUCCCCGUACUUUCCUCCCCCCUCCCCUCGCCAUGCCGGAUCCAUCCGUCUGUCUCGCCCACAGUUGCGGCGCAUUUGUGUCCCGGGAUGACCUGUUGAUGUCGGCUAAAGAUGGAAUGUCAGGGUCGCCCUCCUACAUGGAUCCACCUCUCCUGUCCGGCAAAAAUAAUAAUAUUAGUGCAAUAAUAACAAAUACGUCGUAAUUCAACCCUCGUGGCUCAGUAUAUCUCCCUGUUUUUUUGUGUAGAUUUAAUAAAUAAUUAAUUCGCGUGAUAUAUCACAAGCGACAUUUUGGAGGGGAGCACAACGCGUGUCUGUCCCGUAGAGGUAGCUGCCGUUCGGCCGGAGAAGGAGAAGUGAACUCGGUCGACACGGACACGACGCGGCGGUGGCACGAGAGCAAGAGACCGGGAGCUAAACUGCUGGAUAUUUUAUUCCCCUCCUCGACUAUUUUUGUGACAUUUCCUGGACGGUUGCUUGGACGGUAAACUCGUGCGUCCAGUGGAAGAGAGGAGCCCUCUCCCUCUUUCUCUCCCUCCUUUUCCCCCACACCCCCUCCUCCUCCUACUCCUCCUCCCCCCUUCUCUCCACUGUACACACCGGCCCGGGCCAACCGAGGACUCCCAAAUCCUCCCGGGUAUCGAGGCUGGCACGCGGCGGGGCACCGAGCGCUCUCUGCCCGUUUUGAAUGCUCUCCUGCCCCGCUGCUGCUGCUGCUGCUGGCGGGCUCCCUUCUUCUCCCCCGACGCGUCUGUCGGCGAGACACCAGCUCGGCGCGACUUCCAUACCCUGUGGUGCUGGGCAGAGCGUUAUGGCUCAGACACUGCAGAUGGCGAUCCCCAACUUUGGCAACAACGUCCUGGAGUGUCUGAACGAGCAGCGGCUGCAGGGCCUCUACUGUGACGUCUCUGUGGUUGUCAAAGGACACGCCUUCAAGGCCCACCGUGCCGUGCUGGCAGCCAGCAGCUCUUACUUCCGGGAUCUGUUCAAUGCUGACGGGAAGAGCUUGGUGGUGGAGCUGCCCCCGGCCGUGCAGCCGCAGAGCUUCCAGCAGAUCCUGGCCUUCUGCUACACGGGACGCCUCAGCAUGAACGUUGGAGACCAGUUCCUGCUCAUGUACACUGCCGGCUUCCUCCAGAUCCAGCAGAUCAUGGAGAAGGGCACAGAGUUUUUCCUCAAGGUCUCGUCUCCGAGCUGCGACUCCCAGGGUCUCCACACGGAGGAGACCCCGCCCUCUGAGCCCCAGAGUCCCGUCACGCAAACAGUUGGCGGAGGCGGAGUUGGACUCGUCGCCACAGCAGCGGGACGGCCCUCCUCCUGUCUGACGCCCCUCCCCCUGGUGUCCAAGGUGAAGACGGAACAGACAGCUACCACGCCUCAGCCCACCCCACAGCCGCAGCAGCAGGAGGGCUCUCCCUACUCAGUGGUCUGCACCCCUGUGGCCAAGCGGCUGUGGGAAGGGGGCAACCGUGAUGGGGGCGGGGGAUCCGGAGGGGGCGGAGGAGGCGGCAUGAGGAAGGCCGCACGCUACUCUUCCUCCUCGUCUUCGUCCUCCUCCUCAAACAACACUACCCAAGAAGCCUCCGGGCGUGGGCUUGCGGCCGCCAAUGCUGCGAUGGCUGGAGGCGGUGGCGCCGGCGCCGGAAACGCCAUCACAGUGGGAGGAACCGGACUCAACAGCAACCACAACAACAACAACAACAACGGCGGGACCCCCGAGGGCACGAGUCCAGGCACGCUGAGCAUGUACACCAGCGACUCGCCAAUCAGCUACCACGACGACGAGGAGGAGGACGACAUAGCGGACGACAGUGCCGAAGAGCAGUAUCGGCAGAUCUGCAACAUGUACACGAUGUACAGCAUGCUGAAUGCUGGGGCUGCAGUGGUCAGCGAGAGAGUGGAGGCUCUGCCAGACUUGGCUCCAGACUCUGGUGGCGGACGGGGGGGCAGGGGGGGACGAUCCCGACAGGACCUGGCCUCGCUCCCCGCCGAGCUCAUCAGCCAGAUUGGGAACCGCUGCCACCCAAAGCUGUACGAGGAGGGCGACCCGGCGGAGAAGCUGGAGCUGGUUAGUGGCACCUCCGUGUUCAUUUCUCGUGCCCAGCUCAUGAAUUGCCACGUCAGUGCCGGCACCCGCCACAAAGUGUUGCUCCGGCGCUUGCUCGCAGCCUUCUUUGACAGGAGCACUCUGGCGAACAGCUGUGGAACUGGCAUCCGCUCCUCAACCAAUGAUCCGAGUCGUAAACCCCUGGACAACAGAGUUCUGCACGCUGUCAAAUUUUACUGCCAGAACUUUGCGCCGAGCUUCAAGGAGAGCGAGAUGAACGCCAUCGCGGCCGACAUGUGCACUAACGCCCGCCGUGUCGUCCGCAAGAGCUGGAUCCCCAAGCUCAAACUGCUGAUGGCCGACAGCGAGGCCUACUCCGCCUUCCUCGCCGACAGUGUGAAGAUGGAGGCCGACGCGCUGGGGGCGGAGCAAGGCUUUGAUCCCGCCUCCCUGGAAGCCGUGACGGCAGCCAACAGUAACGAAGCGGGCGGCGGAGCAGCCACGCCGGGGGACGCCCUCCAAAGGGCGGGAGGGGAUAGCAGCACUUUGUUUUGAGUGAGUUCACGGACAGAUUGUUGAAAGGACAGAUAGACGGAAGGAUGGAAGGAAGGAGGGAUGACGUUUCUCUGAGGUAAUGAGUAGAGAGCGACGGCCACUCUGUGGUCAUAACAGUUGUCUCUCUUCCCCCGAGCAGCCAUGUUUUGGGGGAUGAAUCCGUUUCUUUUUCAAAAAUAUUUGUAUCUGUUCACUCGCUUUUUCUUUUUUUAUUUGUCCACAUUUCACUCUCUCUCUCCACGGCCCCUAAAUACGCCUCAUUUUGGGCCCCCCCUCCCUUUCUUUUCUGAUGGAGAGAGAUGGAAACCUGGCAGAGAAAGGUUGCAGAGGGAAGAGGUUGACGAUA